UAUAAAAGCAGAAGCAUUCGAGAUGGAAAUCAUUGCAUUCGAAACAUUUGCAACAUGAAGUUCACACUUUUCUUUGGUUUUAUGCUGGCUUUGCUUGCUUUGGUUUUCGCCAACCCCAACCCCAUGCCCAAUCCCAAUCCUGAACCAUUGCCAGGUGGUGGUGGUGGCGGCGGCGGCGGUGGCGGUCUGGAGCUAGAGCUCGGCGGCGGUGGUGGUGGUGGCGGUGGCGGUGGCAAGUAAGCCGCACCACCCACUUUAAAUGAUACUCGUCGACGACAAUUGCGUUUUUAGUUUCAGUUAUAUUCAAUAAAAAUUUGCACCAAAAAAGCAAAA